AUGCUUGAAGAGGCAACCCCGCGCGCGCAGCUCCAUAUUCAGCGUAUUUUAGGCGAAUUUAGAGAGCCUCCCAAUGGGAGCACUGGAACGAUAGCACCAACAACGUUGCGAAGCCCCCCAAUUCGUCACGUCUUGCCAGCAAGCUGUCCAAAUUUUAUGGGGUCAUCAACCGGUUCUUCCGCUCAACGUGUUGAUUCACGUGACCGUCACCUCGCGGGGAAUUCGAUUCCACACAGAAGCAGCAACAGCAGCGUUAGAGCGGCACAAGUGAAAGGAAAUGGGCCGUCGCCAGGUCGCAAAAUCGCGGCCGCGCCCACCCGUGUGAAGUCUACACGCUCUUUACUUGAUCCGUCGGAGGUUUCUUUGGAGUCCGAUCUCCCGCGUCCUGAGACACAAAUGCAGGGUGUGUCUCAGAAGAUACAGCGGCUUGCCGGUGUUCCGGAAGGAAGUUCUUUAUUGGUGCAUGAAGUUGGUUUAAAUGGAAUGAUGGGAGAAGAUGCCGUGACGGGUACAAAUUCCAUAAACUCUGCAACGUCUAUAAAAUGUUGCAUUCGACAACUAGAGGAUGAUGAGACGUUUUACCGACGAUUCAUUUGCAACACAGCUGAUGCCUGCAUAGAGAUGCUGCGGCGGGUCAUUUGCUACGGGGAAGAGGCUGUUAAGCAAUUAAGAGAGGUGACAGACAUGGUGGUGGGGGUUUCUAGGUUUGUAAACAUAUCAGCCGAAGAGGUUCUUCAAACUCCUGAAGAACACUUAAGCCGUGCCUUCAACCCCGGGUUGAAGGGACCUCUCAUGGAUGUCAAGGGGGCACUGGAUAAGUUGCAGCAAAUGCCAGCCAUCCUGGUGGCCAAUUACGAUCAAUUAGUGUCCAAAAACCCCGGAGUAUGUGAGACGCAAGAUUCAGCACGCAUCUUUUCCUCACCUCAGCUCAAUUUACAAAAGACACCGCAAACACCACAACAACAAAUUUUGUCUCCACGCGACGCAAAUUUUUAUGUUCGACGACCGUCUUCUCUUUUUUCGCGUUGCGGAAGCCUGCAAGCGAUGAGUUCUCGAUCGCAUCAACCGAUUAUUGGGAUUACGAAUCCUCAUGCGGGGUUUUUGGUGGGUGAAAGUCUUGAGAGUGAGGAAGUACCGUUCAGCACAACAACUGGAGCAAACAUGGUGCAUUCACAGAGAGAGCGUGAUGCGGACCCCUUGUGGGCGAUGGAGGAUUUACGGGAAGAGAAUGUGUAUUGGCAGGAAGAGGCUCUGCGUGCGGUGUUAGAGGCAGAGAAAUACUCGCAGAUGCUGCACACGGUAGUUGGGUUCCCUCCUUCAAGCCCUUUCAAUGGGAAUAGUGAAUUGGGAUCCAGAAGAAUUUCCAUCACAGCAAUGGGGUCACCCACCCAGAUGAUUGUUGUGCAGCGCCUUUUCAUAAGAUUACUUGAGGAAAAGGAGGAGGGAGACCGGAGUAGAAUACAGUCAUGGGAAGCGCAAGAGUGGUGGGGGCUUUGGUUCUCUGCACGAAAUGCCGUCAAAAAACACCACUAG